UUCUGGAAAAAUGGAAUCAAGAUGUUCGUGAUGUGGCAAUUAAAAUCACUAAGGAAUUUUUGAAUAAUGGUACCGGACCGGACCCAGAAUCCUUAAGUUCAGAGGCAAAAGAACUUUUGAAUCCAGUGACAGAUAUGAACACCUUUAACAACUUAAAGACUUGGACAAAAUACGAAUGUGAUAUUUGCAAAAUUUUUAAUGACAAUUCACCAGUGGUAAUUAACGGACUUGCCAAUUGGAAUCAACAUUUACAGAGUAAGUGGCAUCGAUCCAAUAUUAAGUUCAAAAAAGAGAUGGAUAUGAAUUGGG